AUGGCGCUGGCCAGGCAGAGUUUCCAAUAUGGCGCAUGUGAGAGACAGUGACACGUCUCUCUGGCUUCAUAAUAAACUUGGAACAAGUAAUGACUUAUGGUCCGGUGGUUCAAUUUGCUCCCAAUUAAAUCAAGAUGUCUUACGAAACAUUCGUGAAUGUUUCAUCGAAUUACAGUCGCAAGUUAAGUUGAAAUUGCUAUUAUCAUUUUUGCACAUACCUAGGAGAAACGUCGAGGAGUGGAAGGUUGAGCUUGAAGAGAUCCUUGAAGUCGCUUUAGUAGACAGUGACCAAUGGGUUUCUAUGUUAGCCGAGCUUCUAAAGUCUUACCCCAGUACUGGACUUUUAAAUUUCCAGAUUGAAGAAAAUGCUUCUGUCUUUACAGAUGUUGUAAAUGACCUAAAGAAAUUAGUGAGAAAACAUAGUGAUCAGGCUAUGCUUCCAAUGGAAUGCCUGUACCUGAACCGCACAGCCCUGACCUCUGUGGUUGGGCAGUUGCCCCAGCCUGCAAAACAUUUCACCCUCAAACAGAAGCCCAAGUCAGCUACCCUCAGAGCUGAACUGCUGCAGAAAUCUAGUGAUGCUGUCAACAAUUCUAAGAAGAAUUCCACUACUCCAUCUGUCCCUAUUCGAUGCCGUGGCCUUAUCAAACCAAUAAAUGAUGCAACUCCUUUGCGUGGUAUUCCUAGCCGAAUUAAUGCAUCUGGCUUCAAGUCUCGUGCCAGUCCCCUCGGACGACUGAAUUCCAGUACUCCACCUACUAGUCGAGUUCCUCCCAGAACACCUGCUGGGCGAAAGGAUGGAGGCAUAAAGUUACUUGAAAUAGAUGAGCAGCCCAUGGGCUAUGGUCGAGAUGCCAAAAGGAGAAAGAAACUUCCAGAGGUCGAAACACCCGAAGCUCGAAAGGAAAAGGACGGGGCAACUCCUCCUGUCACUUCUUCCCCAAGUACGCCAGACUAUGCUGCUGGGCUUCUCACUACUUCACAGCUCUCUGGUCCAAGUAUUGCGGUGAUAGCCCCUGGUGGUGGCGCAACACCCAAUUAUGCUUCACCAGCUCCAGCUACUCCUCUUCCCACUACAGCCAAUACAACUCCAACUUUACCUGUUGCAACUACGACCAUGACACCUGUGGUGAAACGAGAAGUUUUAUUGACGAAUCCUCCCACCGCUGAACAGCCAGCCAAUCAGGUGGCAGCUCCUGCUCAAACUGUCAAUGCUGCACCAACGCAACCUGAAACUCCAAAAACACAAGUCAUCCAUGCAACGACCAUUGGCAACCUAACGCCACUAGGGACUGCAUCCCUACAACUGCAACACAUGCCUGUUCAGCCACAGCAACAGGUGCCCACACAAAUUCUACAGCCUCCUCCUGCGGUACAGCCUCAGCAGCAAGUCCAGAUGCAUACAAUAGUUCAACCAACACCACCUCCUAAAAAGAGUCUUUCACUAACAAAAGAGCAAAUGCAGGAAGCUCAAGAUAUGUUCAACAAAUCAAACAAAGUUACGAGACCAGAGAAGGCUUUGAUAUUGGGUUUCAUAGCUGGCUCUAGAGACAACCCAUGCCCGCACUUGGGCCAGAUUGUGACGAUCAUGCUCAGUGAGAACGAAGAAAAAGUACAACAAGUGGAUGGUACGGUGCAGACCAUGAUUGUUGAAACACAUUUCCAGAUGAACUACAGUACAGGGGAAUGGAAACGUGUCAAGAAAUAUCGUCGUAUGGAUUCGUAACCCCUAACCCAUUCCAGAGAAUCAGUGCAGGAAUAGAUACUAUUUUUAGUUAGAGAGAAUAUCUUGCACAUAUUUUCCAUAUUGGCUGUUUCAUUUUGUAAAUACUUUCUUAUUCGAUGUAAUUGGAUGUUUUGCUCCAUCCUCUGAUUUGUUUUCCCUUCCUCCCUGUCGAGUCCAUUCCCUUAUGGUUGUGAUGUCAAUGCCUCUUGACUAAAGUUUUGUUGAUCUCUGCUGUAUUUUAAAUUUUUGACCGUUGCAAAGUUUAUAUGAGCAGCUUAUUAGUUUUUCUUGAAAUGAGGAUGUUUGGUUAUCAUUACUGAUUGCAGUGCUGGUGGUGCUUGAGCUUUUUUUAGUGUUUGCAAACUGAUUUGAAGUGUAGAUUAUUUUUUUUUUAAAUAUUAUAUACAGAACAUUUGAAAAAGAAAAAUUUAAAAAUGGAAUAUUGUUUAAAAUCAAUCAUUCUUCAAUUAUGGAUUCUGACUCCAAGUCCAGUCAUAUAGAAUAAUUGUUCAUGGAACAUUGUUAUGUUUUUCUCAUAUUUUUCAGAGUUGUCCACAAAAAAUAAUUGGGACAUUAUGGUUAAAGUUACCAAACAAACUGUGUGAUACGAAUUUUGUUUCAUUAAUUGUUUGUUAAACUUUAGUUUCCACAUUUUGUUCUUUAUUUAAGUGUAUUUUCAAGGGAUUAUUUAUUUUUUUAAACUAUAAUAAUGAAGAUUCUGCUCUUUCCUCCCUAUUUUAAAGGCAAAAAAUUUUGUAGGCCUUUUAAAAAAAUUUAAAUUAUUUAAAUAUAUAUGUGUAUAAUUUUAAGAAAUAAAAUUUAUCUUCACUUGCUAAUUCUGAUAUUAAUAUGAUUGAUUAUUAAUUGCAUGAACGAUAAAUUGUUUUUAAAGCAUUUAUUUUGCUUUUUGAGAUAUCUAUUGUCAUUGUUAAUUUGAGAUGGCUGUUAAAUUGAAAAUUCUGCUACUAAACCACCGAUUCAUGUUAAAGCUACACAUUUUAGUACUAUAGAGACAAUUCCAUGGAAUUAAUUACUUUUUGUUUUAAAUUGAGUUUUAGUUGGUAUAUUGUCCGUUACUGAUCUUUACAAAUAAAUAUUAUUCAAUACUGUUUAAUUUGGCAUAAUAAUACUUAAAGUAAUGUUCUUUUUUUUUUUUCCUUUCAAUUUCACUUAUCCGUAACUAUAGAUUUAUUAUUAUUAUUAUUAUUAUUUAGUAUCCUCAAUUUUGAGGCUAAAUCUUUUAGCUCGAUUAUGAAUAUAUUUUGCGUUGGUCAGAGAAUUUAUGCAACUAGAUUUAGAAGCAACUGAUUUUUAAGUAUUUUUCCUUAGUUUUUUUUUUUUUCUUUGCAUGUGAAACUGAAACUUGAAACCAUGCAAUAAUAAUAUAGGUUUCAGGCUCCCCUUCCUACUCCCUUCUUUUUACUAAUAAUUAUUUUUGUAUUACCCAUCAACAUUAUGGAAAAUCAAACAAUCAUUAUAAAUAUAUAUAUAUAUAAUGUUGUUCCAUUUUUAUUAUACCAAAGCAUUGCUUCUGCCAGUAUAUAUUAAUGCCUUAUUCGUGUUACGAUGAUAAAAAGUAAUUUUUUUUUUCAAAUGCAUGUGAAUUAUUUUAGAAAAUAAGUGCAUCUUAAUGUGUUUUAGUAUGUUAAUAGAAGUAAAUUAAAUGUGAUUUGUCGAUUGUUGAGGUGAGUUUUCUGUUAUUCUAUAACAGUUGCAACCCCGAACAAACUUAAAGAACAGACAUAUGUAAUAUCACUUAAAAGACUGUUUUGAUUUUUAAAAGAUUUGAACAAAAAUCAUUUUUGCAUACUUAGCAUAUUAUAGUGAGUUCUGUGUAAUUACAAAGUAUUGUUUAGAUUUUUUCCCCCUGCCCCUUUUACAGUUAAUAUUUGCUUGCUUCAUUAUAUUGUAUAAAACUAAUUUUUUUUAAACUAUAUUUCACUAAUGAUGCUUUAUUUAAUUGCAAAGUUCAUUCCCAAUUAUUUUAAUUUUAAUGCACAAUUUGUACUUUUGAUUAAAAUUCACAAAUGAAUUCAGAAAGGAAAUAACUUGAAAAGCAAUGCGACAAAACUUCAAAAUGCACUUUUUCUUAUUGAUAGGUUUUUUUUUUUUUAAUCAAAUAUUUCUUUCCUGUAUAAUUUUGCUAUAUAAUUCAGGAUUUAUUUCUAAAUAUAUGAUGUUUUAAUAAAGAAAUACUUGUUAGAACACUUGAUGCUUAAAUGAAAGCAAUAAAGUAGAAAUUAGAUGUUAGCAUUUUUUUAAAAAUAUGCAAUUAUUUAAAUAGAUAUUUGAAGAAUAAUUUUAAAUGGAUUCUCUCUUAAUUUUUGGGAGAGAAUUGAGUUCGAAAUUGUAUUUGUUUGCUGUUGCCAACUAUUUUUGUAGAUGGUCUGAAAACUGAUAACAGUGCCAUAAUGAUUGCCAUGUAAUUGAACUAUAUGGUCUGUGUCUUCCAAAUUCUUAAGUGCUCCUUUGUCAAAAUAUCCUACCUUUAAUAACGGUAGAAGUCAACCCAAUUUGAGAUGCUGUCGUAUAAUCUAUUUCUUUGUGAUAUUGAUAAUCAUUAAUUACAAUAACUUAACUGGGGUGUAAAAAAGUUAUGCACUCAUGCUCUGAUGGAUCUUUUAUGAAAUUUGUUAGUUUUGCAUCUAAAAUAAUAACUGACUCUCAUGAUAUCUACAAAAGUGCAUAAAUUAUUAUUGCUUAGAAUGGCAUUGCGAUAUAACUGUACGACAUUUGUUUUUAAUUUAUCAGUUUGAAAAUUCCUACUUGUAAUUCCUAUAAACUAAUUAUUUUAAUUAAACUUAUUGUAUGAUUUAUUAUAUUAUUAUUUUGGGAAAUACUUUUACUUUGCAGAUGACAAUCUCAUUAAGAGUGACUCUAGUUGCUGAAUUAGAUAUUAAUAAUAGAAAACAACAAUAUGCUCCUUUAUGAAAAAUUUUGAAAACUUGAGAAAGUUCAAACUUGGAUUGCAUAUUUUGCUUCAAGAGAUUCGCAUUAUUUUGUAUAAGCAAACAUUUUUAAAUGGUUUUCUGAUCAUUUCUUCCCAACUGCAUAAUUAUGUUCAGGAUUUUUAAAAAUUUGCUAUUAAAAUUAAAAUGACUUCUGAAAGAAGACAAUUUGUUCUUAGACUUUUUUUUUUAAUUAUUUAUUGUUUAAUAAACAAAAAUUGCCAGUAAUUUCUUUGUGCUAAUUACCUUGAUAUCUUGUAUCUAAGAAAAUUUUACUUACUGAUUUCAGUUGCUGCUGUAGCGUAAUAUAAUUUUUAGGGGUUAUCUAAUAUGUUUAAAUCUGCUGUAACCUUUGGUGAAAAUAAUUAAUGAAAAAAUAUAUUUCAAUCUAAAAUAUUCUAUAGUUGAUGGUGAAUGUCUCCAUUGAGAUAGUUGAUUGGCAUGCAAUCAUUGCGAUUAUCGAUAACGGAAUUUGACAUUGUGGAAGAAGUUACGAGAGAGGUAUAGAAGGAGAAAAAUAUUUAGAUAAAAAAUUAUUUGUUUAUUUGUGGAGAUAUAGAGGGCUUGAAAUUUUUAAGGUGGGAAAAGCAACUCAUUGUAAAUGUAAAAUUAGGUUGUAUGGAAUAUCAAUUACUUUUUAAUAUAUUAUUAAAAUAUUUAAUAGUAGUAAAAUAAUAUAAAUUAUAAACUAUCUUUUCCUUUUCAAUCAACUUACCAUAGUAACUGAUGGGAAACUCGAAACUUCUUGCAAAUUAUAUGAACUGUGGUUGACUUCUACAUCAGUUUUUACUUCUUAAGUGGAAAUUUUUCCUCAAAUUAAAAAUUGCCUUUCAGCCACGAUUUCUACCUUCAUACUGAAUGUUAAGAGUACAAAAUGUAAAAAUAGGGUGUAUUAUCGGAAUGAAUAUUUCAAGUGCAUUGGGAACUCAUAUUUUUUGUUUCAUUCAUACAUAUAUACAUUAUGUAUUUGUAAAUUUUUUUUUGUUUGUUUUGGUGUAUCUUGUAAUUUUACAGUGAAUUUUAGAUUAAUGAUUUUGUAUGAAAUGCUCUGUUCUAAUGAUUUCAUUGAAUGUGCAAAAAUAAAUUAAUAUUGCACUUUUUUAAAUUAGGAGUUUUGUCUAGUCUGUAGAGGUGUUUUUGAUUUGUUUAUUUUGUUAGACUUUCCCAACACAUUUUGUUAAAUUUUUCAUCAUAAAGGGCUUACAUUUGUAAGCUCUCUCUCUCUUUUCCAUUGCUUUUUUUGAAAUUUUUGAAUGUUAUAUCUGUAAAUGAGAAGUUUUUAAAAAUAAAUAUUUUUCCAUUGUCUUGACAUUUGAGAAGCAAUAACUGAAUAUUGAAUGUUUCGGUUUCAUUUAUUUUUGUAUAAUCCUUCGAGAAUUGUAAUAUAUAAUUUAUGCCUAUGUAUUUUAUUUGUACCAAAAAUUUUUGAGAAUAAUUUAUGUGUAGCUGCCUGCUGUGGUGGGGAGCUUUGUUACUAGUUAUAAUUCUUAUCCCCCCUUUUUCCCUUUUACUUUCUAUUAUUUCUUUGGCUAUUGACAGUAAGCAAUAUUAUAAAUGGUUGAACUGACCAUUAUUGUCUCCAAAUGCAAGUGCAUUAUAUUACUAUUUAUUUUAGGUUCAUGUACAAGUGUUCUAUUUUUGAAUAUAAUUAUUUUGAUUUAAAAGAAUCGUUUGUGUUUUUGACAAGAAAUAUUGUUUUAAUAAUAAGAAUGUUUCCUUCUUUGAGUAAGAGUUUUACUAACAAUGUGGUUAACUAUAAUAUACCAAAUUUUGAAUGAGUGGAUUUCUUAUAAAGAAAUGUAUAUAUCAUAGUGUAGACCAGCAAUAACAAAUAUAUUCUUUUAGAAUUUUCUGUUAUUAUGAAGUUUUUAUGCAUAGAUUUCAUAAUUCUCAUCUAAAAUCAAUAUUUAUAAAAUUGCACUAUUUUGUUGUCAAAAAUUACUGUUUUUAUCUGUAUAAAACGGAUAAUGA